AUGCCCAGACAUUGCUCAGCAGGCGGCUGCAAAUCUCGGGACAACCGUGAGACUCGUAGUGCUGGUAUCACCUUUCACAAAUUACCAAAAGGAGCAACUCGGAGGAACCUUUGGAUCAGUAACUCUCACCGUGCAGACUCCUGGGAUCCUCAGACUGACUUUGUCUACUUUUGUUCCAAACACUUCACUCCAGAGAGCUUUGAGCUAACUGGAAUCAGUGGGAUCAGAAGACUGAAAGAAGAUGCACUGCCUACAGUGUUUGAUUACACUUCAGCAACCAGAAGCAAAAGAUCAAAAAACCCUCCAAAAAAAGAAGAUGUUCCUGUCAGCCUGUAUCUUUAUUGGUUCUGUAGGAAGCGUCCACGCUCAAAUAAGCCGAACACUCAGCAGGAGAAGGAGGGUCAAACUACAGAAGAAGCCACAGUCCAGAAGUCAGCGGCAGCAGCUGAUGAGACUAAUGACAACACACCUGCAUCUUCUCAAGAGACAGCAGAGGUGGAGCAGCUCUCACAGCAAGAACAUAGCUCUUCACCACCACCAGUGUCUCGCUCCGUCUCUCCAUCACGCUACAUGAGACGCCUGCCGCCUCCUCCAGGCUUCUACCUGCCCAAAGAGCACAGCUACGCCCAGCUGUGCCCCCUGCUGUGGAGAAGACGUUACGACCAGGCUAUCGACUGCUUAGAAAAGGCUUUACGACAGCUCCACGCAGCCAGGCGAAGGGAGAACCGCCUGCGCAGCACUAUGCUGAGGCUCCGUGACAAACGGCUGAAGCACACUCUGCUCAUAUCACGAGACGGUUCUAAGGACAGAGGGAGCUGGACACCAGGAGAGGAGAACACACCAGGCAGAGGGGGUCACAGCCUGGACAGUGAGACUGAUGCUAAGUCUGAAGACACAGGGUUAUUUGAGGACAGAUUUGGGGAUCAGAUGGAAUUUGUGGGUCGUUUCCUUCCAGAUACCAACAGCUGGUCUGAAGAGGAGAAAGGUUACUGCUCUUACUGUGGAAGAGGGCAGGUACAGGGUGAUGGGCAGCCAGCACACAGGGAUUCAAAGACAAGGAAAGCUGCUCAGCCAACAGUGGAGGAAGACUCUCUGAUGAUCCAGAGAGGUGUGGAGACUGCCACCUGUGACACAGCUGAAAACAACAAAGAAAUACAGAUAGUCAGGCUGGAAAGAUCUCCUGGUAAAAUAGUAGAAACUAGUGACUCAAAUGUAACAAAUUCACAGGUCCUACUCCAAACUCAAGUUCUCCAGCAUGUGAGUCCUGUUGCAGUGUCUCUGUGUGAUACUGGUGAGCAGAGUGUGCAGUUGUUAGGCUCUCAACAGGAGCUGAUGCUCUCUGACAUAUGUGAAACAGAUUCUGAAAGCAUGGGUCAGGAUCAUCAUGUGGACCUGCAGCAUCAGCUGUUUUGGAUACAGGACGACGCCGAGGGACAGGUCAUCCUGGUUCCCGUCCCAGCCGAAGAUGGAUUACAAAGCUUUCUGAAGAUGGAAGGAGUUGCUGAUGAAGCACAAACCAUACUGGUGUCAGAAGUAGAUCUGAAAAGAGACUUUGGACUCCUGGCAGAGAACAGCUGUGAAACAGUGUGUGAUGAUGAACAAGGGGACCAGAACUCUGUUAUCAACAGCACAUCUGUGGAAAUGAGAGAUGUGAGGGAGAAACUGAAAGAACAUCUGGAAGGGUUUCACCUUCAACUGAGCACUGAGUUCAUAAACUGACAGUAUGAACACUACAGACUGUAAUCACUAAUCACUUUAACAGUCACUGUGAGAUUACAAGAUCUCCUUUUUCAAGGAAGUCCUGG